UUAUAAAUACAUACAAAACACCCAUGACUCAGGAACAAAUAUCCAUGCUCAUCACACGAAUAAAUGCCCUUACCAGCUUCCUAUUAUAUUUAUUAGAUAGUGGUAAUUUGUAUUUCUUUGCAGAUUUAUCGGAUACUCCAGCGAUUUUUGUUACACCUCAAACAGUUCUAAGUUGUAUUUAUAUGUUUCAUUAUCUAUGUUGCAUUCUAAACGUCAAGUCAAGUCCAAUAGGGAAUCAAUUCAGUCAAGUGAUUAUAUGCUCUUUGAAUUCAGUUUGAUAUCGGCAGUACAUUAUUUUAUUUAUUAUUAUUUCUUUAACCGUGUAAACUGUUAACUGGUUCGAUUAAAUCUUGUAACGCAGAUGAGCGCCAGCACUCGUCUGCAUGAAGACUCCCAAUCCUCAGACGAGAAGAUGGACACCUCUGAGUCCCAGCACACUCCCAGCUCCCUCUCCGAUUAUGAAGACCCGGAGACCGCAGACCCUGUCCUCCGACUGCAAAACCCAGUCAAUAUAGAGGAUGAUAAUUUAAUUAAUAGUAGGAAUAAUUUAAAGAUCUCAAUAGAAAAUUCUAAUAUACCGAAGAAUUUAAGUUUAAGUCCAAAAUUUAGUUCAACACUUACAUCGACUACGGAUCAUCCGCUCAUGGGCUUAGCUAGUCCGGAUGAAAAUUAUCCGGACAUAAUACCAAAGAGAAGAGAAGAAGAUUUAAGUUUAUCAAGUAUAGAAGAUGAAAAGAACGAAACCAACGGGUUUUACUGUCCUGAGCGGAAUACGAGCAAAAACAAUUUGUAUUUUAAUGAUAAUUUCACAACUGCCGAAAGCCAUAUUUUAAGUAACGCUUUAGAUGUAACGAGUCCGCCUGAUGUCGCGAAGAUUGAGAAGAAGUUUCAGAGGAAUGGUACGGGGGCAGAGAAUAAGGGGGAUGGUGUGAACAGGUUCGAGGUGUUGAGGGUAACUGGGGAGAGUACGCCAAAGCGGAAAGAGGAGAUUCAGGAGACUGAAGAAUUUCAUUCCGGGGUAACCGAAUGGUGCGAGUCCCCCGCCCACAGACCGAGGCCCAACUUUGACCUGCCUAUCGAGUUGAAGACCACCAUCAAACCCCCAAAUGACCUGGAUUCCCCCGACGUCGUAUCAUCAUCGCAGGAGGACCGGUCGGCAUACCAGGCCCUCUUGGACCCGUACACGGGCAGCGUAGCCCUGAGACCCACGCCGCAAGCGAGCAGUCCCACGCAACGCCGCAGGAUACAAGUGCCCCCAGACGAUGACCAGGACAGUCUAGACAGCUGCAGUGUGCAUUCUCUAGAGUCCGAGGCGGAGCCCCCAGAGCCUGAGCCGGAGCCCGGGUACCACACACCUGUCGAACAGGAGCACAGCAAAAGGUCCACCAACACCGUGAGCUCGUGCAGCGCCAGCGAGCCCAUCCCGGAGUACUCGGCCGCCGAGGAGCUGCGCGACGAGCGCGCCUGGCUCAGCGUGCCGCGCCCGGGCGGGCCCGUCACCUGCGACAUGAAGGUGAUCGAGCCGUACAAGCGGGUGGUAUCGCACGGGGGCUACGACGCGUCCGGCUGCGCGCUCAUAGUGUUCAGCGCGUGCCACCUGCCCGACGUGCGCCGCACCGACUACCACUACGUCAUGGACAAUCUGUUCCUAUACGUAAUAUGGACGUUAGAACGACUAGUACCGGAUAACUACAUCUUGGUAUACCUUUAUGGCAGCGCGGGACCGAGGCGGCUGCCCACCAUACAUUGGUUGAGGGAAUAUUACAAGCUUGUAGACAGGCGGUUGCGAAAGAACUUGAAGCAUCUAUACCUGGUACAUCCAACCUAUGGACUGAAGAUCUUCGUCGCAUUCACUAAAGCCUUCGUCAGUUCAAAAUUCUUCCGCAAACUGAGCUACGUUCGAAAUCUAACAGAGCUAAUGUCACUCGUCCCAGUCGAGCCCAACGCUAUCCCUGAACUGGUGAAACAGUACGAUGCAGGCAAGCGGUAGACUUUGGGAGAACUACAGUAGACUUUGGCAGAACUACAGUAGACUUUGGCAGAACUACAGUAGACUUUGGCAGAACCACAGUAGACUUUGGGAGAACUACAGUAGACUUUGGCAGAACCACAGUAGACUGGCAGAACUACAGUAGACUUUGGGAAACUAAAGUUAUUUUUAAAAUAUCAGGGCAGAAAUUUCCAACCACGAGAUCGCGCAAAAAUUGGUAUAAAAAGGCUUGGAACUUCUGACCUGAGGUAUAAUUUUGCUGUUAUUUUUGGACCCCAGGCAAAGGCAUGUAUGUAUACAUCGAAAGUUUACUUAUUUAAAUUUCGAUAUUUAAUUUUUCACACCAAUUUUAUUCUUAAGAGGGAAGUCAUAGUGUUUUGUUCCUGCCGGUAAGGUUGCCAAAGCUCAACGAGGGUGCGGAGUGUUAAGGUUGGCAACGCGCUUGUAACUCCUCUGGAGUCCUCCAACUUUUAAUGCAUAAAGUGUUAGAAAUUUCACAGGUGCCGAGAAAAUAUCAAAAUACUCCAAAUUUUCUCUUAAAUGUCCCAUGACUGGUGCCGUUAACACAUACGAAGAAAAUUGUGUUAUUUUUAAUGAAAUAAUUAGUAAUCUAUUCAUAGGCUACGGUAACUGCUUACCAUCAGGCGGACCGUAUGCUUGUUUGCAACCGACGUAGUAAAAAAAAAAAGAGGUAUAUUACGUGGCCGUCCAUACAAAAAGAAAAAACGUUUUUCCACUUCAAAAUAUUUCCUAUUCUCCAUGUUUUUUGGUGUGUUAUUGACACAAUAAAAAACUAGGUAUAUAGGUUUUCCUUUUUCUCAAAAUUUGCAAUACAAAAAAAUAAUAAUAAAAAGAAGCGAAGCCAUCAAAAUCAAAGUGAUUUGUUAAGAUUUAUUGGAAAACGUUUUUUUCGUAGAAAAAGUACCGGUUUUUCGCAAAAUCGCUAAUCUAUUCUUCCCUCUUAAAGAAAGAAAUCUUUGAUAUUCGUAUAUUUCUGUACUUAAUUUCAUUUUUGGAUUGCCAUGUGUGCCGCCAGUGGAGUUCAACCUUUUGUCCAUAUUAUAAAAAAUAAAAAGUACAUUAUAUUAUAAACAGUGAAACUUGUAUUUUUAGUGUAAUUAUAACUAGAAACAAUUUGAAAUUUUAAUUUUAAGUUACGUUGUGUGAUAUCUUAAGGUGAAAAUAAAAAUAUUUUGUUUUGAGAAACUUCAGUCAUAUGUAGUAGAGGUAUAUAGUUUAAGGAGAAGUUCGACAGGCGCAAUAGAUGGCGUCAUAUAUUUUUUGGCAACAUUUUUGUGUAAAUGUUGCCAAAAAUGUUGUUGUGUGAAUUUCACCUUCCCAUACAAACGGAGUAUCGUUCUCAUUUUCAAACUACAUGCUGUAUUGUAAUGAAACUGCGCAUACAAUGAGGUAUAUCUAUGUCUGUUAUUAGUGUAUAUAACUCCAGCUUAUAAAACAAAUAAAAAAGAGCAAAAACAAGUUUUGUAUGAAAAAGUUUAAUUAGCUGUAUUUUUUUUACUAUGGUAUCUGAAGCUACAUAAACUAAUUACAGACUUAGAUAUACCUUAUCCUAUUGUAAGUACAAAGUUUCAGAGCAAUCUAGCUAGUCGUAUUAAAAUGAGAGCGUAAAUACGUUUGUAUGGAGACCCGAGCUUGCUGCGGACUCUAACAAACACAUUUUUAUAACUUAGACUUAAUACCUCUGCUUCUAAUAAUAACUUUUAGAGAAUCAUAAGGUACAAUCUUGCCGUUAUUUGUUAUUCUUCAUAUAUUUAUUUCUUGGAGGAUUUAAAAACUCGAGACGCCUUGUCUGUAAUUUUCUGUACAAAACAGUCUGCUGAUUUUUGCUGCGGAGGGGCACACCAAACGUACAAAUAGUCAUGUCGGAUAAACGUAAGUCCAUACAAUACAUAUGACCAUUGGCCGAGCUUCUCGACAGAGGGGUAAGCUCUUAAAGGCGUCUCCAGUUGUUAAAUCCUCCAAGAUUAAUUUAGAUAAAUUGUGCCAUUUUUUCGAAUAUUAGAAAAAACGCAUAGGUAUUUUUUUUUUAAUUUAUUAUUAUAGAAAAUUAUGAUUUGGCAUUUAACGAAU